AUGUCCCAGUCGACCGCCGAUACACUUCCCCCUCAGUCUCCCCAGGAUCGUUUGGCCCAAACAGCCGCUGGUGUUUCAACCUCCUCGCUGGCCAGCCCUCAUCCGUAUAUUCUGGCCUCCCGCAAACCACAAAGUCCCGCUGUGCUACAGGGGAGUUUAAUCCCUCGAGACUACCUGAGCUCGUUAUCCAGCUCGAGGUCGCCCUCGGACCAGCAGCGCAAGAUCGCGGAGGACAAUACCUUGUACGAGAAGACGCCCACUCCUAAUGAAUCUGGGAAGAGGCUCGUCAAAAAUACAACGGAGGGCCAGGCUGCCCUGACCCGAGACAAGUGCCACAACAGCACUGCGCCGCCCAACGAGCUGGAAUCAAGCGUAUUAUCAACCUCUCAGAGUCCAAAGGAACAGGGGGUUACAGCUCUCUGGGAAUCCCCAAAAUCGUACGCUUCUUCUUCGGCUAGCGUGCACCCACUGAACAAUAUGCCGCGGACAUCCUCAAUCGAUUCCGCCAUUUCCAACAUCUCAAAUGCUUCGCAUGCUCAGAAACAACUCGGAGAGGUCAAAGAGCUCACGCGAGAAGAAGUCCAGAAUCUCAUUGCCACAGCUGGCUCUGCGGAGAACCUGAUCCAGCACCUCUUGAAGGACAAAGGUCACGCUGCUGCUCAAAAUGCCCAGCUAUGGAAACUGGUCGACAAACAAAGGGCGCUGUUACUGGGUCUGAACAAGGAUCUCGAGCGGCUGACGAAAGAGAGGGACAGAUAUAGGAAGAGAGUAAAGGAAUUGCAGGCCCAACCCUCGAUGGCGCAGGUGGACCGUCUCCGGAUGGAAGAAGGGAACUCGCCUCAAUCUGACGGAGAAGCCUCAGUCGCCUCGAGGGAACCUGAACCUGCAGCAAGCUUAGAUCUGGGCUUGAGGCCAGUUGAGCAGAUUCUGAGUAAGGGUGUCACCGAUAGCCACAUGCAGAGCUCGCCCAUCGAUCCUGCCAUGAUGCCGUCACCACUCUAUUUACAACAACAGCCACCAAAGAUGCAGAGUCUGGCCACACACUUGGCACAGCCUUCCUUUGCGCUCACCGAGCCGACCCCGCUCACCGAGAAGCCACCAAAGUCAUUCCAAGCCUCCAGGAAAGCACCGCCUAAACCGCUUGAUCUCCGCCCAACAAAGGAAGAAGUGACAGCUCACCAAGUCAUUGUCCCGAACGAGGUGAUUGUCAGCGGCGACGAAGAUGAUGAAGAACGAGAACCCAUGCAGAGAGGGCGACGAAAAACUCGAGAAGAAGAUGACCGAGACCGCGAACUUCUUGUACUCAAAGAGCAGGAAGUCAGAAGUCGGUCCAAAAAGGAGAAGAAAGCGAAGACCGAAACAGAGGACCCCACGGUUCUGGAGCAGAUGCCUUUGUCGCCGCCUGUCACUGAAGUCAGCCAAACCUUACCUUUGAGACAAGAUCAUCUCUCUCCUGCCUCGAUAACGUCCGGCUCAGUGGGAUCCUCAGUUCAGAUGUCACUCCCUUUGCGAAGUCCUGGUCUUCCGAUGAGCCCUCGUCCCAUGAUGGGGUCUGCGCUUCCCAUGUCCCCACGUCUUGCUAGUGGUAACUUCCCUCUUUCACCUCGUGCGCCAAAGAUGCCUUUACCUAUGCCUACUACACCCGGCCAGCAAGCACCUAACCCACAGGCACUGGCACAAGUGCAGAUAGCUGCUUCAGAAUCUCACAAGAAGAUCGGCCCGUCGUCCCUGUCGAAGAUGAACACCGCUGCAGGCGCUGAUUCGGAUCGAGGUCAGAUCCAUGAGUCUCCUCUGAGCCCGGGUGAGGUGCCACUAGUAAACCGGGGCCUGGUGGAUCCGAGUUGGCCUGACCUGCUUCUCCCUCCAAAUGCCUUACCUUCGAUUCAGGUGAAAGUCGCCUCUUCUCGACUGCGGCCCUCAAGAAACAGCAUGCUCGGGCUGAGGAUGCCAGAGGAGAAUGCGGUUUUCAGUUUGUCAAUCUUUGAGCGUGCGACCGCAUCUGAAUUUUGGCGAGUGGAGAAAAUUCCUACUUCACUACCAAUUCUGGAACAGCAAUUAAGAUCUCGCUGUUCCGAUCUACCGAAACUACCUGACCGAAAACUCUUCUCUGGUCAUUCGCCUGCUGUCGUUGACGCGAGAAGAAAUGCAAUUAAUGAAUACUUUGACGACUUGCUUGACACUCCCAUGGAUGAACAAGCAGCUGCGGUCAUAUGCCGAUUUUUGUCGACAGACGUCAUGGAGCCACAACCCACCGUCCCCUCACAUCAUAAUGAAGACACACAAAUUAGACAGGUGUCACAAUUGCACUCAGGCGUUCCGACCAAAUCCGGUUACUUGACCAAAAAGGGCAAGAACUUUGGAGGAUGGAAGUCCCGAUAUUUUGUUCUGGACAGCCCGGAGCUGAGGUAUUUUGAAGCACCUGGUGGUGCACAUCUUGGCACGAUCAAGUUAUUGAAUGCCCGGAUUGGCCGGCAAACUCAAUCAGACCCUCCCUCAGAGGUUGAUUCGGAAAACCAAUAUCGGCACGCCUUUCUCAUCCUAGAACCCAAGCGCAAGGACUUGAACAGCCAUGUUCGGCAUGUGCUUUGCGCGGAAAGCGAUGCAGAGCGGGACGAAUGGGUGGAGACGUUGUUGCAUUACAUCGACGAGAGGCCGAUGGAGCCCAAAUCACAGUAUGGAGCGGGCGUUCAGACCUCACACACCAAGGAUGCGAAGCUGUCCCAAAGGAUGGGGUAUGAGGAUGCCGAGUCGAAAUCGAACGGGAGCCCGCAAACCCACAGUGAUACACCCUCCCCCUCCAUUGCAUCUAGCCAGACUCCGGAGCUCCUUCAGGAACCGGUGGCAACAUCAAAGGCGUACAACAUUUCGGGUCCAAUGAAUGGGGCUGUCAUAUCGGAUGCCGGAAGCUGGGGCAACAAAUCCGCGAGCAACAGUGGGAGCAAAGAGCGAGAGCAAAAGAAGCGCAAUCUCUUCCAUUUCAGGAAGCCGUCGUACGAGCAGCUUGCUCCCUUGCAGCCGGUUCAGCCCAAGAAAUCGGAACUCAACGCUCGCCGAGGUGGGCACGUUAGACCGGUGUUCGGGAUGCAACUCCAGGAAGCAGUGGAGUACUACUCACCUGUGGACGUGGAGGUAUAUCUUCCGGCCGUGGUGUAUCGCUGCAUCGAGUUUCUCCGAGUCAAGAAUGCUGCGAAUGAAGAAGGCUUGUUCAGACUUAGCGGAUCGAACAUCGUGAUUCGGCUGCUCAAAGAUCGGUUCAACACUGAAGGUGAUGUCGAUCUGCUGGCAGACGAGGAGGAUUACGAUGUACAUGCCGUGGCCUCGCUCUUCAAAACGUAUCUCCGUGAAUUACCGUCCACGAUUUUAACCCGCGAAUUGCACCUGGAAUUCCUGAAGGGAUUGGAAUUGCCUGAGAAGUCACAAAAGAUCGUGACCUUCAACAUUUUGGUGCAUCAGCUGCCUAAUGCGAACUUCUCGUUGUUGCGGACGCUUUCACAAUAUCUGCUCGAGGUGGUACAGAACUCGGAGCGGAACAAGAUGACCAUUAAGAAUGUCGGAAUUGUGUUCUCUCCGACGCUCAACAUCCCAGCGCCUCUCUUCGCCUUGUUUCUGACAGAUUUUGAGGCGAUCUUCGAUAAGCCCACCGAUCAGGAGUCUAUUCGAUCGACAGAGUUUGAGCGUGGGGAGGGAGCCCUCACGCCAGAAGACAUCCGAUCGCCUCGGCGGCAGAUGUUUACCGACUUACCAACGCCCAUGUACAAUCAAGACAGCUUUGCUCACAAUGCUCGGGCUACUGGAGGGAGUGCACGACCAGAAUACCAGCUUGAUCCCACCAGCGACUUAGGAUUUGCGCCGCUCCAACCAUCGUACGAAUGCAGACAAUAUGUCUCGAUUCCACACGACAUGGCCAUGAGCGCCCCCAGGUACCCCCCACCACAACCCCCCAACCAACAUGGAGGGAGCAACCAGUACGGAGGAUCAAAUAAUAUGAUGGCCCCAGAAAAUGCGGCGAGUGCCAGAGCGAGACGGCGCGAGAGCUCGAUGCUAUUCAUGUGA